AUGAAGAUCGCACGCAGUAAGCUAAUUUGUGGUCGUUAUCGUGGUUUGGUUUAUCCAAAUGAGAUUGAGAUUGAUUUUCAACAAGGUGGAAAUUCUCGUAUUCCGUAUGUACAUGUUCCUGCGGCUCGGAUGAGUGUAGUAGUUUAUAUAGCAACGGCUAUAAACAGUUCCUUGUUCCCAUUAACAAAACAUCCCCUUUAUCUUCGUUUUUCCGGAACCGGUACAGAAAUUGGCACUUUUUCUACGUUGUUUACCUUAGUUACUGGGGGGUUUGGGGGAAGACCUAUGUGGGGUACCUUUCGGGUGUGGGAUGCUCGUUUAACUUCUGUACUCAUCUCGUUCCUUAUUUACCUGGGUGAGAAAGAACAAGAUAGAGUGGGCGAACGAAGAUCACUGUUACAAUAUCACAUUCAUCUCCGGAUGAGCUGCAUGGGUUGA